UUGUCAUUCCCGUAAAACAUUAAAAUCUUAUCAAAAUCACGCCGCGUUUUUAAGUAACACAACUAAAAACUAAAAAAUUAAUAAAGAAUAUUAAGAUGUCAUCACGCGUGUUGAGAAAAUUACAAGGUGAUAAAGAACUGACGGAUGAAGUGUCCGAUAAUGAAGCGGAACUGCCUGUAUCCGGCGGUGCAAGAAAGAAGUUAAAUAUCAACAGAUACGACUUGUUAAAUCAACAAUCUCAUUCUGAGAGUGAAGUAAAAGAAGAUGAUAAUGAAACCGAGGCUAAUAAAUCUUGUGAAGGAGAUAAUAAUCACGAAUCGGUGAAGAGGAAGAAGAAGAAAAAGAAGAAAAAAGGAAAAAAUGUUAAUGCUCAAAGGAGUAGUGAAGACAAUGCUGAAGUGGAUGAAGUUGAAAAAUCAGUACGAGAGGUAAACAAACUUCUUGGAGAAAAUUACGUUUCAAAGCCGAUGGCUUCUAUUUCGAAACAAGAACGGAAUAUUCAGCUUAAAAAAUGCAUUUUAAGUAUUCAACAUAAACAUUUAAAUCCCAAUAAUGAAUUAAAACGAAUUUUUGGAUCAAAAAUAAUACAAACUGAACAUAAGCGAAAAAAUCGUGGUACUGGUAGAGGUCAUGUUAAAAUGACUUGGCUUGUUUCCGGUAAGGAUACUUGGCCUCAAGUAGGAAAAACUGGUCUUUCAAUGAUGAAACAAGACAACUCCCCAGAACAUAAGUCAGGGUUACAGUAUUUUACUUAUGAACACAAUCAGAGCUAUAGACAGGUUCAAAAUCGUUUUUUAGAAGCCGUUGAAAGUUUAAAUCCUGAUAAUAUCGUUGCAAUAAUAAACGAGCAUCCCUAUCAUGUUGAUACACUCAUUCAAUUAUCAGAUUUGUGUAGAAUAGCUGAGGACCUUGCCAUUGCAGCUGAAUUUAUUGAAAGAGCUCUUUAUUGUCUUGAAUGCGCAUUUCAUCCAUUGUUUAAUAUUGCUCAAGGUAAUUGUAGAUUGGAUUAUAGAAGACAAGUUAAUAGGGCUUUAUACAUAACGAUAUUUAAACAUUUAUUGUUUGUUGGUGGUCGAGCUUGUUAUCGAACAGCUUUAGAGUUUUGCAAAUUAUUAUUAUCGUUAGAUCCUGAUAAGGAUCCGUUGGGUGUCAAAUUGGCGAUUGAUUUUUACGCUUUACGUUCGAGAGAGUAUCGGUGGUUUAUCGAUUUUUACGAAGAGUUGGAACCAACGAAAAAUCUGAGCCAAUUGCCGAAUUUCGCUUUUUCCGUAGCCGCCGCUCAUUUUCAUUUAGCCGAUGGGGAUUUAUCUCACGCCGAUGAUUUAUUACAAGAUGCCCUGUUGAUGUUUCCGGGGGUACUUAAACCACUUUUAGAAAAAUGUUCAGUUCAACCUGAUAAUAGAGUUAGUAAUCAUGCAUUUUUUGAUUCAAAACAAUCUCCCGUUUUAACUCAAUUAGUAUUAUUAUAUGUGAAUAGAAGUUACCAUAUUUGGAAAGAAAGUGAUCUUCUUCCGUGGUUGGAAAGGAACGUUAAUAAAGUUCUUGAUCGCGUUGAUAAACAAGAUCCAAUUGUUAAAGAUUACGAAGGAAAAAGGUCUAAAAGAUAUCAAGGGCCAAUGCCUAAAAGUAUUUGUAGACAUAUUAUUUUAUCCGACAUUAAAGGAGUUUCUCCAUUACCAAAAGAUUUUACAGGUGGUGUUUUAACCUUUGAUCCUUUACCACCUGAUGACUCCAUUAAUAUUUACUCAAAACCAAAAAGACCCAAAAAUACAACAUCAAACUCAAGUACAGUUGGGAUUUUCUUCCGUUCUCUUUUACCCAGUUUCAAUCCAAACGAAUUGGUGGGAAAUUUAUUAGAAGAUGAAGAUGGAGCUAGGGCGCUUCCGGAUGGUGAAAUAGGUGAUGGAGCCGAAUUCGGUGACCUUAGACGUAGUGUUGCGUCAUUAGUCGGUGCAAUGAGGGAUUUAUUAAGUCACGUUCCAACUCCUGAUGUUCCAAACGAUGCCGACGUCGAUGAAAAUGAUGAAUCCGAUGAUGAUGAAUUAAACAAUUAUCUCACUUAGGAUAUUGUACUUUUUAUGUAGAUGAAGUAAAGAGAGGAAUUAUCGCUAAAUUAUAAUAUGACCCUGUCUAUUAUGCUCGAGGGAAGGCAUCUUUAAGUUUUACAACAUUGAAAAAAAAACUAUGUACUGUUUUUAGUUUUUAAAAGUAUAUUAAUGAUUAUUAAAGCGUCUACAAUUUUCUAUAUAUUAAAUCUAUAAGCAAAA